AUGACAAUAUCUACUUCAGAUCACGUGCAGGACCGACUAAGACGGAUAGCGCGUCAUCUAGCCUUCCCAAAUUUUUCCCCUCUGCUGAUCGCAUCCAAAACAUCUAGAGCAGGGAAAAGAAGAGAGAUGUUUAACUCUAUGAACCUGGGAAACUUCUGCUCCCAAACGCGGAAGGAAAGGACAGCCGAAUUUGCCGAUCGAGGCAGCUGCGGUGCUAACAUGUACCUCCCGAGUUGUACUUACUAUGUGCCCGAGUUUACCGCUAUGUCAACGUUUUUACCACAGGCCACUUCUCGGCAAAUAACGUAUCCAUAUUCCACAAAUUUAUCUCAGGUUCAACCCGUUCGAGAUGUAUCUUACAGGGACUACGGGCUAGACCCUUCGAGUAAGUGGCAUCAUAGAACCAAUUACACGUCUUGCUAUUCGGCUGAAGACUUGAUGCAUAGAGAUUGCAUUCCGCCUUCGACCAUGACAGAGUUGCUAAUGAAAAAUGAAAGCAUCUACAAUCACCAUCCAAGCUCCAACCACGCACCCUCCGCCUUCUAUGGCAAUGUAGGCAAAAGUAGCGUCUUACCUCAAGGUUUCGACCGAUUUUUCGAGACCAGUUACUGCAACGGGGCUGAGAGCCAGGCUACGGCCGAGAACUGCGUUCAGAAGGGCGACCGCAAGCUGGAGUCUAUGGCCCAGCCAAGUGCAUUGUCAUCCGGCACAGACGAGGAGAGAACGACGGGGGACGAAAACACCAUCUCGGCUGCUUCUUCCGGCAACAGAGCCGAAGGAAAGACUAGCAACUCGAGCGGGCCACGCACACGGAAAAAGAGGUGUCCAUACACCAAAUUCCAGAUCAGAGAGCUUGAAAGGGAAUUUUUCUUCAACGUUUACAUAAACAAAGAGAAACGCCUUCAGUUGUCUCGGAUGCUCAACCUCACUGAUCGACAAGUCAAAAUCUGGUUUCAGAACAGGAGGAUGAAGGAAAAGAAACUGAACAGGGAUCGAUUGCAGUAUUUCUCGGGGAAUCCUUUGUUGUGAAGCUUAAUCAUUUUUUUUAAAAAAAGAUCAUUGAUUUUAAAACAAAAAUAGCGUCAAAAAAGAACAUUACUGAUGUGUUUUGCUUUCGAACGAGGGCUGUGUAUCAGAUUUCCAGAUACAUUUCUAACUAACCAAUAUUUCUUUUUUUUUCCAUGAACAGAGAAAGCUUGAACUGUU